AAAAAGACUGCAGCUGUGGUGUCGUCACUGAAUAUGUUUUCAAAAAGCUUUGGCUCGAGAAAGCCUUCGUAGUCUUUAUCAAGUGGCUUCUUGUUAAAUGGUUUUGUGCUGCUUUCUCUAGAAGUCGCGAGUCAGUCAAAGAUCACAGAAACUUGCUGUGACAUGUUGGUUUCAUGUACGAUUAUGAAACGUGUGCCAUAAGCUGAGAGUAAGGCGUUUGAAAUGGGUUAUGGGAAAGCUCAGCUUCUUCAGCCUCUGGUUUUUCAAAAUUAUUUUCUUGCAUUGGAUUUAUUUUGAAUAAUGAAAAUAUCUCAAACCACCAUGUUUAUGUCUUCUAAACAAUAAUCAAAAGUCUGGAUGAACAUAUUUAUGUAUAAAUGUUUACUCCACAUGGCUUUCUUGCAUUUCUUUCAAAUUUAAAACUAUCAAAAUAUUAGAAAAAAGUCCUGAAAGGACCUCAGAAGAAUUGAUUUAUUGUAAAUAUGCAGAUAUUUACAUAUGAUAUAUGCAGCAUUUUAGACUUGAAGAUUUGUUGGUUUCGGGAGGAUUAAGCAACAUAAUCCACCAAAUAAUUUGUGUACACAGCAGCAAAUAUAAAAAAUUAGUUGGGCUACAACUAAUAUUUAACCUGACAGUUGUUAUCACUUCAUAAAAUGUCAAAAUAAUAAUAAUAACAAAGUGAAAGUUCCCACAGCUCUACACGAUGUCUGUAAAUCUCCAAACGCCAAUAAUGUAAAAGAGAAAACGACAAGCAAAGUAAAUGUCUGGCAUUUCCACUCAGCCUAAACAAUCACAGAUCGACUAAUUGAUUAAACCUUUCAGCCGCACACUGGGUUCAAACUGAAACAACAGCGGCCUUCAUCCUACAGUCAAGAGGAGAUUUGUUUAAAUUAAAUCAUAAUGGAUUUUCAUGCCAUUAACAUGCCCCGUGUUUCCACAUCACAACAGCCCUCAUUAACAUCUCAGCUCCUCCCCUGAGGGCAGCAGUGGGAGGCAGCGGGUGGAGGAGGGUGUGAUGGUUGAGAGACGAGGCUUGUUUUUCAGUAUGCGCAGCAGGAAGGAGGGGGGGGAGACAAAAAGAGGCGAAUAGGUGAGAAGAAGCCUGGAUUCAGAAGCCGAGCCUGAGCAGGAUCCUGCUGCUGUUCUGUAACAUGAUCAAUGACCUUGCAUACUGUCAGAUCCCGGUUUCCUGCACGCGCUCGCUGGCUUUUGUUGCUCUCUCUGCCUCUCACUGUACUCAGCCCCAUAAGCUCCAGAUCUAAUUAAGACUUGUCUCUUUUCCUAGAAGGCUUGGCGGCUGUAAUAGUCUCUCCUCCUGUAGCGAAGAUGGCACUGUGAUUAGAUUCAGAGAUACGAGAGCAACAGCUGCCAGCUGGAUGAAACUUAUUGGCCUGAAUCGCGUUAGAUUCCUCUGAUUGGGACCGCGAUUGCGUCAAAGCCUCUGAGUUAUAAAUGUGUGUUCAGAAGUUUUUCUACAUUUCCUCAAAGAUCAGCCUCAGCAGAGGGGUGGAAGAUGUACUCAAUCAGUCGAAUCAUGUUUUUGUAGUAUUUUCAGCAAAUAUACUUAAAGUUUCAAAGCAGUCAAAUUACUCGUUGCAAAGCCAAGAGGAUCUAUUAUGGGCAUUUCCACCCUCUGCAUUUAUAUUCUUAGAUGCUACUAGAGCAGCUUUGCAUGAUGUGCAGUUCAGUUUUUCCUCAUGCAGUCCCUUACUUUAUCUACUGUAUGAAAAAUAACUAUUUGUAAAACAGAAGGUUUGAAUAGCAAGUGGGCGGGGCCAAAAGCCUCAUUAUUUUGGCUAUAUGAACGUCCUCCACAGUCCUUGAUCAGUCAGUUUCAGGAAUGUUUUCAAAUCUUUUACGAGGUUUGUUAGCACGUGUCUGUGUUGCUCAUUUCUGUAACUUCCUGUAACCACUUAGGUCUCUAGUUUUAAAUUUAUUCCUUGACGUUUUUGGCAUUUUUCAGAACACAUUGUAACACAGCUUCAUACACUAUACACUAAUACGGUCAUCUCAGGCACACAGGACUGACUGUGAGCACAGAGGCCACACCCACCUGCAGUUCAAACCCCCUUGUUUACGAGGGGCAGCCAAUCGUGAGAAAGUAGACUUGUUUCAGACAGUGGAUGAACUGAGCAGUAGGUGUAAUGGAGGUCGCUGUUUUGGAUUUUACAUUUUAUCGUUUACUCUGAAAUAUCUGAAAAUAUGAAUCAUGAAAAAGAAAAGACAAAUAUCCGUUUAGUGGAAAUAAAAACCACUAAUCUGACACCUCAACCAAGAUAAGUUCACUGGUAUUGGUAGUUUAAUCUUAAUGUUAUCUAUGUUUUUCUUUGAGAGCAAAACACAAUAUUUGGCUGCAUAGUGUGGUGUGGUGAAAUGAAAGUAGCAUAAAAUAUAAGUAUAUACAGCGGAUUUUGACCCUUUUGCCAAAAAAUCUGCUCGUUUCCGAUGAGAGUGUGUGAACGUGGUUUUUGUGCUCGGCUGAAAAGAUUUCUGAUCGCGACGGUACGCAUUUAAAAUUCGAAGAUGAAGCCAAGCGAAGAAAUUUUCAACGUGAACUCCCCAAACAGAGAAAAAGCCAGAGAGAAGAAAAGCCUCCCAGCUCUGUGACUGCCCUGCUCACGUGGUUUUUGAUUGGUUUCAGUUUGGUAUUUGGAGUAUGAAGGGUCAGCGUGGGCGACUGCUUGUAUGCAGCAUGGAUAGGAGACUUUUUGGCAGUUGAAUUCGUGGCUGUAUUGAGCUGAAUGGCUGUGGUAACCCUGAUUGUGCGAGUGUUUGUAGAUAUCUUAAAGCUAAUGGACAGCCAGCACACACACACACAGGGACAGUAUUAGAGGUUAGUAGCUGGAUUACUUCAUUCAGGCUGUGCUGCAUUAUCACCAGCUCAGCUGUCAUUAACUCAGAUGUUCCCACAGAGAUGAGGCGCAGUGUCCUCCACUGCUCCACUCACACACAAAAACACACAGUGAUCCCUCUUUAGGUCAGUUUUAAAGACAGAGGAGUUCGGGCGCUUGGCCGUCAAAAGUGAGUCACUGCUUAUUUUUGCUUUUAACAUGCCAACACCAACUUUUUAUGCUGCAGCUUUGGCCGGCCUAAUUACAGUGUGCCGUGUUGAUCCUGGAGUUUUUGCCUGUGAACUAUUUAUCUUCUUUACCCCGGCAAUGACACUGCAAAAAGUGCUUGGUCACGCUGCAUGUUGUCCCUGGCCUGGAUAAAUAUUUAUCUGAUUUUCUGAACCUCUUUUGCGGCCAAACUGUAAAACCCUGAGAAUUCCCCAUAAUGACUAAUACAAAAAUAAAGCAGAGGGAGCUUCCUCUUUUUUCCCAACCAGACCACAGUACAGUGAGGUUAAAUGUGCAGGCUGGCGUCACUUAGGGAGACACUUUUGUCAUUUAACUGCCCGGCUCAUCGCGUUUAUGUAACGCAGGAGGCCGAGCACUUGUUGGAAGUCUGCCUGCUGUGAGCGGGGUGAAUCCCCUCCUUUAACUAUUGACUCUGGUCACUUUAAAAGCUCGGAGUGAGCCCUCCCACAGCGACCUGCAGGCUGUUUCUCACUGCGACCUUGCAGCUUUAUCUCACCCCCUCAGUGUCAGUCAAGUCAGCUUUGCUCCGCCUUCGGGGAGCUUCAACUGAGCAGCACAAUUUGUUGUUGACUUAAAAAAUCCUCACAAGAUUCUGCAGUUUUCACGGCCAUUUCCAGAAUCUUGUUUUUUGUUUUUCGCCCACACUCAGCCUUGAAUGUCUCUUUUUUUUAAAUUUUGGAGUUGAAAAGAAAAACAAAAUUGCCGCUGGGUGCCUCUGAGAGCGGCAGCGGUUUGCUGUUGUUUAAGACAAAGUAGAGGAGGCUGUAUUUAUAGCUGGGACACUUCAGGCAAAUGAAAGAAAAUCGCAUUUGACUUUGCUCUCCAAAGAGGGAAACUGACCAUCAAUCAUUUCAAAAUCACAUUAGGAAAAAAAAAAGUCUAACCCAUAUCCCUUCAAAAACCAUCACUUGACUUCAAUAACUCAUGAUGGCAGAAGAAGGAAAGUUUCUCUGUGUUCAUACGUGAACAUACCAGCAUGAAUUUCAGAGGCCAGUCGACUAUUUGAGCUGAUUAGUUUAGAUUUAGUUUCGUAUUUACAAAAUUGGUGUAUCUGUCAUAACAUUUGAGAAGCUGAAACCAGAAGUUGCUUAAAAAUGCACACAUUGUUGAUUCAUUUCCUUUUAAUUCGAUUGUUUACUUUGGCUUAUCCUGGAAACCUUGAAACAAUAUAAAGUCCUGUAUCCAAAACACAAAAAUAUUGGCAUAUGUAAUGUUAAAAACACACAUUAGACAGCUUUUUUUUUUUUAUGUCUGAAGAGAAUAAUGUAUUAGGAUCUUUGUUAAAUAUCAUCAAAUGCAUACACACUAAGUAUUUCCUGAAUAACGUGUGCGUAAAAGCAGAAGCAGUCUCUGCACAAAAAAUCAAAACCAUGGUGUCCUCAGAUAGAAAAAAAGCUAAAUUUAAGACUCAUGUAAUACUGCUUCACAUGAAAUUUAGGAUUAAACACUUCAAAAGUUUCCCUCAGUGUGUUGAUGUCGGUGUGAAUGAUAUGCUUUUUAAUGUGAAAAGGAAAAAAAAAACACCUCAGACUAACAUGCAGCCUCAUUGUCAAAAAGGAACUGAAAGACGAAGGCUUGAGAUCAACAGUGAUGUUUAAAAAACAAAAAAAGGGGGGGAUAAAAGCAAAGUCCUCUGGUAAACACCUCAGUCUUCUUUAGCUGGUGAGUGAGCUGUUAGGCAACCAGCAGUUGGCAGGACGCUUUAAAUUCCUCCGAGACAAACAGAGAGAGGGAGGGAGGCCGAGAGAAGGAUCCCCUGGAGGGUGCCAAAGCCGGUUUUAGUGACGUCAGCCGGCCUGCACUGUUGCUCUGUUUGGCCGGGCCCUCCCUUCCUCCUCCCCCCCUCUCCCUGGGCCUUACAGGAAUUCCCCUCCUCGUCACAUUAUUCUGAGGAAACCGCAGGCAACGCCCCGUGCUGCUGCGCAGCCACAGCUGAUAGGGCGGAAACGCAGGCUUGUGACUGCUUGUGUUGACACAGACUUAAGUAUGCACUUGUUGUUCUCUGCAGAGUCUCCUUCUGUCUCCUGAACAAAAGGAGUUCACAUCAUCAGCGUCCAGCAAAGAAGUGAGUUUUUGUCCCGUGAAAGAACCCACUCGUCACGCUCUCGGGGAUUCUCUGCAGCGUUUCCUGUUUACCCUCUGAGGUCAGAGGUGUGAAGUUUAGCUUUUGUGGGGGGGGUCGGCGAAGGCUUGUGGGACACCUUUUCCUCGAGUCUGAGUCGUCAAAGCGAACGGCAUAGACAGGAAGCAGUCAGUGAGCUGUCACUCAUUCACGGCGCCUCAGUAAUCAGCCAAAGUUGGGCAUCGGGGCAGUCGAGCCUGAGGGAUCCAGAGUGUGUUUGAAAGUUGUUUUUAUCUUUGGAUGUUGCUGUGACGGGAAGCAGCGCUGCCAUCGGGUUUGAUGUGCCACACUCUGUGCAGGAUUGCAGGCAACACAGCAACAGAUUGAUGUAUAAAAUCGAGGAGGCACAGAAAGAGCUUAAAGACCCCAAAGGCUCACAGAAAGGGCUAUCUGACAGCAGUCGAAGAAAUGCGGACAGCAUAAAGGGUCUUAAGAGGAAGAAGGUUGUUGCAGAGAAUCAGCUAAAGAAAAUUCCAAAAUCUCCAGUGAAGAAGCCCCUGCAGUCAAAAACAUCUGCUGAAUCUGCUCUCCGAGGAUCUUCGUCCAAGGAAACUCCGCAUUCUUGCUCCUCCUCCUCCAACAGUCCUUCCCACAAUCUUUCAACAUCGCCCAGUGGAGAAAGUGACCAAAAGUAUGCUCAACCAGUUGCAGCGUCCCCUGACAAGGGGUCAUUUUCUGCUGAGGCUGAAAGGCUGAAGCAGGAAAAAUCAUCUUCUAGGCCACCAUCGCUUGAGCUCACAGCUGGUGAGGAGGACACUCUGAUUACUGCUAAAGGAACUCUAAAGCCUAAAGAAAGCAAAAGCCAAGACUCCAGCUUUGACGGAGAUCCUUACGCCAACAGCGCUCCACUUGAUGUUCUACUUAAGGCCAUGGAGCCUGAUUUUAGCACACUGGCUGAGAGAAAAGCCUCGACGCAGGUCACAGCCAUCGGUAAAGCCAGUGGUGAAAUCACAGCAAUGCCAGGUGUCAAUGUUGGUCUCCAGACCCAACCUUCCCAUAUGCAGACCUAUUAUAUUGACAAACAGGGCAAUGUCAUUGGCAUUGCAGCGCCAAUACAGGGAAAUCUACAAACAGCUCCACAGGGUACCGCUCCCCUUGCUACACCGCAUUUUAUGCCCGUUGCUUCCAAUCCAGAAAAUCCUAGCUUGCACAUAAACUUUAAUGCAGGACCAUCUACUAUAACUCAUGCUCCUGUUCCCUCUGGCUCAAGUGCUUUGCCACAAAGCCAACCACCAGUUGUGCACACAUGCCAGUCCCUCUCAGCCAGUGUUCCCAGCAGUAUUCAGGUCCCAGUUACACCAGGCAGCAACCAAGUUCAGAUGACCACUGUUAUGACCUUUGGUGCUGAACAGGUCUCCAAGGACCAAAAGCCUAAAAAACCAGGAAAGUACGUUUGUGAAUACUGCAACCGGGCAUGUGCAAAACCCAGUGUGCUGCUCAAACACAUCAGGUCUCACACAGGAGAAAGGCCAUAUCCCUGUGUUACUUGUGGCUUCUCAUUCAAAACCAAGAGCAACUUGUACAAGCACAAGAAAUCACAUGCUCAUGCCAUAAAACUGGGUCUCAUUGCACGCUCCGAAUCAGGAGGUGGAUCGCUAUCUCAAGAGUCUGACAAAACCACAGGAACACAUUCAGAGGCAGAGGAGAGUGGAGACAGCGAUGAGGAAGGUAGCACUGCCGACUUAGACCCCGACUCGUCACAGAGCAGUGUGGCUGCUUUGUCUGAAAACAGUUUACUGAGUGCAGGUGGAACACAAGCCAACCAUGGGGAAGUGGACUUAUCCGGUGUUUCUGACUCAGUCAAAUCAUCCCCAGCUCAGAGAGCUCACGAGCCUAAAGUAACAGCUGCACUCCCAAAAGUUGUUGUGUACCCAGUUAAUGUCUCCCCCCUGAGGGCAGAUAGUCCAAGAGUUACAGGAGCAGCACCUGAGCAAGCUGCUGCACAACGACAACGAGACUUCCAGACUGCCAGUCUGAGAUCGAAUAUCACAGUCUUGUCAUCUCUGAAAGGGGUGGAUGGUGCAAAUCCCUUACUAGAAACCGUCAGUGAAGAUGAAGACCAACACUGCAAGUCUCCACUGUUAAGUGGGCAUGCUCAGCUUCAGCGGCAACAAGCAACAGACUUUUCUCAGCAGCAACAGCCUAAGUGUCUACUUAGUCCACGUAGUUUGGGAAGCACUGAUUCAGGUUACUUCUCACGUUCUGAAAGUGCUGAUCAGGCCAUGAGUCCACCCAGUCCAUUUGUAAAGAUAACUCCACCAGUAGAUGUUGAUAUUGCCAAGAACACUCUUCCUAAUGUCCCUCCUGUGGUUGCCUCAGUCAUGCAUGUAGCACAUGAGCAGAGACCAAGGGCAAUAGACGGACAAAUGCGUCCACGAUUAGAAGCCAGUGCACGCUCUUUAGAAGAACGAAUUACAAAGUUGAUAUCUGAUAAUGAGAUAGUAGUUGACAACAAGCAGCUGGACAGUGUAAAGCCAAGGAGGACCUCUCUUUCAAGGAGAGGUAGCAUAGACUCCCCGAAGUCAUACAUAUUUAAAGACUCUUUUCAGUUUGAUCUUAAACCAAUGGGAAGAAGGUCAAGUUCCAGCUCAGACAUCCCCAAAUCUCCAUUCACUCCCACAGAUAAAUCAAAGCCAGUAUUUCUUCUUUCUGUACCCCCCCAAUACCCACCGAUGGAUUGUUUGCCAAUAACAAGGAGCAACUCUAUGCCUACUACACCAGGACACACUGCUCUUCCCCUUAAUGUUGCUGCUGUCCCCCAUCCUUUGCGCAGCAGCCAGUCAUGUGAUGACAAAAUUAGUGCACUAAAUGACGAUGUAUUUUCAUCAGCUCCAUCAACCCCAAAUCCUGCAAUGCAUUCUCGUACCUUGGUCAGACAAAUAGCAGUAGAGGACUUUUCCCACAAUGAGAGACAUGGUCUCCCCUCUGUUCGCUCCAUGGAUGAGAGCUAUAUCGGACAAAGCAAUUCUGCAGAGCACAUGCAAAGAAGCAGGUCUUUUGAACACAGUCAGGAAAGAAACAGAAAACCUCAGCAGACUAAAGGCACGAUGUAUGAGUGUGAAACGUGUCGUAACCGGUACAGAAAGUUAGAGAACUUUGAAACUCACAAGAAAUUCUACUGCUCUGAACUUCAUGGUCCAAAAAACAAACCAAUGGCUGCCAAAGAAACUGACCAAGAUGUUUUUCAUGUUAAUUUACAGCAGCCCAUAGCAGGAGCAACCACAACUGGGCCAGGGGUACUUGAUCAACAGACAUCAUUCAGGAAGAGGAGGAAAAUGAAAAGUGUUGGUGAUGAGGAUGAUCAGUCUCCAACUGAUACUAGUGCACCUUGCUCUGUUAGUUUUGAGCUACCAGCAGUUCUGGCAAACAGGAGUUUUCCUCACCAUGCUGUAAUAGUAGAUAUACAACCCAAAAUCAACCAGCCAAAGCUACCUCAGAUACAGCUUGUAGCAAGAGGCAUUAAUUCUCCAGAUUCCAGACUUUCGCCAAUACGAGAGACCCAGAUCAGUACCCCUGCUAAAGGAGACUUGCAAAGGCAAGGCAGCGGCACUUCAGUCAUCAGACACACCAACUCUCUCAGCAGACCCAAUUCCUUUGAGACGGAGUCUAUUGACAGGAUCUCUCCUGUUGAUAGCAUGGAGAAGGAUCCCCUGAACAAACCCAAAUCAGAUGUGGCAUCUGGUGUCUUACCUGAUGGUUACCAUGAAACCAUAUCAAAACCUAAGAGCACGGAUUAUGGAAAACAAAGAAAGGAGCAGUGCACUGAUAGGACAGUGGCACCAGUUGGUGAACACUCUACUCCUAUCCAUCAGUCUCGCCUUGUUCGUCAAAAUAACAUUCAAGUUCCUGAGAUUUUAGUCACAGUGGAACCGGACAGAGAACAUGAAACACAGACUGCUGAACCAGCAGAUAAACCUGCAGAUCAGUUCAGCUGGCCUCAGAGAAGUGAGAGUUUGUCAAAGCUCCCAGCAGAGAAACUUCCCCCUAAGAAGAAGAGAAUUCGUCUGGCUCAAAUGGAUCAUUCAUCGGGUGAAUCCAGUUUUGAAUCGAGCCUCUCACGAAGCCUCAGCAGGGACAGCAGUCUUUCUCGCGGCUCCAGCAUCUCAGCCUCUUUUGACAGAGAUGAGCCAUCUAGAUCAGAGAGUCCUUCUCGAGGAGAGUGCGUUGGUAAAAUGCCCGAGACUCAGUGUUUGCCAACAGCUUUCAACACCCUUGGUGUGCCUGGAAUGAUGAGGCGUGCCGCAUCUGAACAGAUCACAUGUACUCAACCCUCUGUGGAGAUUUCAUGUGACUACCGCAGCAAAUCCUUUGACUCUGGCAAUGUAUCUCCAAGUAGAUCUCUGUCACCUGCUGGACAGCCAAAAAGUGGACAACUCUCCCAACUUUCCCAGGUGCCACUAAUUGAAAGGAGACGGGGGCCAUUAGUUCGGCAGAUGUCUUUAAAAAUUGGACCUGAAAGUCAGCAACCUGUUAGGAAAGCUGCUGCACCUUUAGAUAAACCUCUCAUUGGAAAUGUUAGCUCUUUCACUCAGAACAGACCCCAGCAGAUUCACAUUACUAGCAGGCGCACAGUGCCUCAGCCCUUUGUCCUGCACACAGAAGAACCACCACUGCAAAAGAAUGAGCAAAUGGUGCAGAGCAUUAAUUUGGGUAGCCCAACUCAGCAGCCUCAAGUCCAUGGCCUUCCACAUCCUUGGCACCAAACAUCAAGGGUUCAAAUUUGCCAAAAGAUACAACAACCACUAAACCAGAUCUUGGUUUGUCGAGAGAACAUCCAAAACAAACCAGCUGACACAGAAGAAAAAAAGCAUUUUGUGCCCAAAUACCAACUACAGUGUCCAGCUCUGAGAACAGGCCAAACCUUUUCCUUCUCUGGCACACAGGGAGCUCAGAUAGCCCUGCCAGUUUUAACAAUACCAAUUGCCAAUCCGAUUUUGAGCAUUUCAAAAUCAUCUGAUGUAAUCCAAAAUUUGUAUAUAGCUCAACCCAGUCAACAGGCUGCAGACAGUAAAACACAGACGAUUGUUUUGUCGGGUGAACAGCGAAGAGAAUCAUUUGAUCAAACCCAAGGAAGUGCUGUACCGCUGCCACAGAUCUUGAUAACUCACGAGCAGAUCCACCCUGCUCACUCUGUGCCCAAUAAAAAUAGCCUGUCGUCGACUCCCAGUGUGGAAAGUGAUUUUCGUGUUGUAACAACUGCAAAGAAAGAUAGGACUCAAGCUCAGACAGGAGGCCCUCAUAACCGCACUGUAGAACAAACUCCUCUUGGGUCUUUACAUUGCACGCAGAAACUGGCAUCAGUAACACUAUGCCCGCAGCAGGAACCCACUGCAUCAAGCAAACGAAUGUUGUCACCUGCAAACAGCUUGGACAUCUACAUGGAAAAGCACCAAAAACGAGCUAAAGAUGAGCAUGGUGUGGCCUGCCUCACCGAUGGACGAUCAGUCAAUUAUCUUAAUUCCAAGAUGUCGGAGGUGACCCGACAACGGAAGCUGACACUCGUUAGGCAGGUGUGCACAACUGAACCAGUGGACAGUCCCAUUGAGACGGAGGCCCCACCUCUGCCCCAGGUUAAGUCAGAUGGGGAGAAGGACUCAGAGGCUACUGAUGAUGUUAAACCUAUGUCACCUGAUGGUGCUGGGAUAGAAAAAGAUACAAUAACUGUUAUUCAUGAAGAGACAAGCCCUAUCCUGAAUACUACACUUGGUAGCCAGGGAACCUCCAUGCCAGCCAACAAUCUGAAGCCUCAAGAAAAAGCUGAGGAACAGAGGUGGACUCCAGCCAAAUCCCCAAUUAGGCCCUCCAGUUUCCACGGUGGUCAAGUGAAAUUGACCACAUCUGUGUCUGUGGUUAACACAAAAGACAGCCACCGCCUGUCUUUCCCCAGCCUGAAGACCACCACCACUUUCACAUGGUGUUUUUUGAUGAAAAGGAAACCUCUCCAUGUUCAACAGACCGACCUGAAGACUUCAGCAUACGCUACCUGGACAGCCAAACCCAACAACCCUAACCCACUGGGGUUGCCUACCAAGGUGGUCAUGUCUUUGUUUGACUCCAAGCAGAGCUCCAAGAAAAUACACUACACAUCAGCCAUAAAAACAAGUGGGAAAUCGGACAUCUUGUCUUACUCAGGCAAGCUGAAGGAUGUCAUGCCCAGGUUGCCAGUAACCCAAAAGUCUGUAUCAGUUGAAACCAAAAGUAAAGUGCAGCCAGAGACUCAAGCCAGCAACGAUUCAGACAAGGACUUGGUCACUACAACAGAACCGAGGCGAAUCAAAAUAUUUGAUGGCGGGUACAAAUCUAACGAGGAGUAUGUUUAUGUACGUGGCCGUGGGCGAGGUAAAUACAUCUGUGAGGAAUGUGGGAUUCGCUGCAAGAAGCCGAGCAUGCUGCGCAAACACAUCCGUACUCACUCUGAUGUCCGGCCGUACCAUUGUGUCCACUGCAAUUUCUCCUUUAAGACGAAAGGCAAUCUGACCAAGCACAUGAAAUCCAAGGCCCACAGUAAGAAGUGCAUGGAGAUGGGGGUGCCUGACGGUCUAAUUGACGAUCAGGAUGCUGAGGACUCUGGAGACCGCAGUCAGGUGAGCAGUGCUGACCGCCAAGAUUCAGAUGGAGAUGACUCCGAUGGUCCUGAUGAUGAGGAGAAUGAUGACAACGAGGAGGAAGAGGAGGACAGCCAGGCAGAGUCGGGACUCUCUACCAAUCCUUCUGUGUCUGCAAGCCCGCAGCACAUCUCUUCCAAAGAGGCUGACGUCCCUCCUAGCGCACUCCUAGCCCAGAUGUCGAUCAGCUCCAUCUCCCUCCCUCUGUCCCAGCCUCCAGUUCCCGAAUCCCACACAACAUACUCCGAAUCUGUCCCCAUGAUGAGCCCCGUGUUCCUGAGCAAGCAUUCGGGGUCCUGCUGCAGUCAAAUGGCUUUCCUUCACUCUCCUCCACCUGUUGCCACCACAUCAGAGUCCUACACCUCAGACACAGAGUCGGUGCACAUGAUGAGCCCAGUGUCACCCUGCAGGCAGAUGUCCAUCGACUACCCAGACUUUGAUGUGCCCCCUAGUCCCCCAGUGCAAGGCAAGGGCUCCAAAAUAGGCCAGGACACCUCUGCGUCUCCUGCUGUGGCAACCAGUGAGUCAAGUAUACCAGUGGACCGGGGCACACAGACUUCCUCCUUUGGUUCUCAAGUUCCUUCACACUUCCCCCUACAGGGUGUAUCACAAACACCGGGAGCAGAGACCCAGACUCACCUGUUCAGUCACCUGCCCCUGCACUCUCAGCAGCCGUCUCGCUCCUCUUACAGUAUGGUUCCAGUUGGGGGGAUCCAGCUGGUCCCUGCUGGCCUGGCGGCUUAUUCUACCUUUGUGCCAAUCCAGGCGGGCCCCGUCCAGCUCACCAUCCCAGCUUUGAGCGUCAUUCAUCGAAACACGAGCCCGUUGCCAGCUCCCAACACUCCACCCCAAACGGAGAGCUUGCCAACUCAGCCACUUGUGGUCCAGGAACCAAUCAGCAGUGUCGUACCCUGCUUCCCUCUAGGGCAGGUUACUGGCCUGCAGGCUCAAACAAUCCAGCCAGUGGGUCUGGAAACACUUAACCUCAUGGGACUGACCAAUACAGGCCUGGCAUCCACACAGCUGCUGCCCCAGCAAGGCCUCACCCUCAAUGCUGCCCUCGGAGUGCAGGUUUUAGCUGCCAACCCCACCUCCCAAAGCGGCACUGGGCCGCAGACACACGUCCCAGGCCUGCAAAUAGUAAAUAUUGCCCUGCCUGCCAUCAUUCCUUCGCUCAGCCCUCUGUCCACCCUCAGUCCCCUCCCCGGGUCCUCUGAGAGGCAGGGAAGCCCUGAAGCUCUGGGAACACAGCCACCUCAUGGUGAACACAGGCUUGGUUCACCACCCACCCCUUUUAAGGUCAGCUCCUCUCCAGAACUGACCUCAGGCAGCAGGGCUAGCCCCGGAGGUAACAGUGGAGCAGAGCUCACACAGACUGUGGCGAGGGAUGAACGAGAAAAAUCCCUCCAGCAGAAUCCAUCACCAGCUCCUGAGAGUCAAGCAAGCAGCCCCAAACAGCCUGCAGCUGAAGGAGCUGGUGAUCCUGCACCUCUACGACCGCCACCAGUGACCAGCUGGCAGAAGGUAGUUGAAGACUAUAACGAGGCCUCCAGUGACGAUGAAGACCGACUGGUCAUUGCCACCUGAAACCCUCAAGUGGAAACACUUCUUCUCCUUUUGUAAUUCUUGUCACUUUGUAAGACUGAAAACACUUUUCAGGGGUUUGUUUCUCAGCAAAUCACCUUUCAAAGCACAGAUGCUGACAUUCAUAUUGUACGUGCAAUCAUAUGACAGUUAUGAUGAUGAUGAUGAUGACCAAUCAUUUAAUUUUUUUUUUCCAAAUUGUCAGCUCCAGACAGUUUUUUUUUCUUUUUUUUUUUUGUACAUGUUGUAUAGACAAUUGUGCCUUUAUGGAGUUUCUUGUUUAGGAAUCUGUACAUAAUUCCUUAUAAAUUCAGUCAAUGCUUGUGUUUAAUUCAAAAAAAUAAAAAAGAACCAUAAUACUGGAUGAUAUCAAUUUUAUUCUGGAGGAUUCGUCAUUCGUAAAUUUAUGGAAUUAUAAAUGUUGUACUUGUAUAUGUACAUUUCUAUGGAUUAUCGGGCAAUGUUUCUGUGUACAGAUGUUGUGUUCAACUAUUUAUUAUAAUCCAUCUAGUGCCCAUUAUGACCCAUAAGUCCAUAGGUAUGUGCAUUAUGGUAGCUUUACAUUGCUGUAUCAAUAUUCUUAACUGUAUCAGUAAAAAAAAUUGUUUAUAAACCUUUAAA